CGCGCAGUCAGGGAGCGUUCAAGAUCCGUUGUUUCACAAUAGAUUGCUGCGUUUAUUAUUUUAAUUUGUGAACGAAUUUAUAAAAUGUUUGAUUAAACGGACGAGCUUCGUAAAUGUGCACGAUCAGUAUUCAGCCUGGGGUGUUACUGUACCAACCUUUAAACUAUUAAAUCACUAAAAUUAGCCUUAAGAAACGGAACCGUUAGAAAUUAGCUCAAACAUAAAACAGCCCCGUUUAGCUAGCCAGUUGUACUUCCGGUGUCAGAGUUCAUCUCGUUCAGAGGAACCGAGGAUCCAAGAAAACGGCAGUAACCGACAAAAAAACCCUCAAAAAGCAUGUCUCACACCAUCCUGCUGGUGCAGCCCACCAAGAGGCCAGAGGGAAGGACGUACGCUGACUAUGAGUCAGUCAACGAGUGUAUGGAGGGGGUGUGCAAGAUGUACGAGGAGCAUCUAAAGAGAAUGAACCCCAACAGUCCGUCGAUAACUUACGACAUCAGCCAGCUGUUUGACUUCAUCGACGACCUGGCCGACCUCAGCUGUUUGGUGUAUCGCGCCGACACGCAGUCGUACCAGCCGUACAACAAGGACUGGAUCAAGGAGAAGAUCUACGUGCUGCUGCGCCGUCAGGCCCAGCAGGCGGCGAAGUGACGCUUCCCCAAAGAGACGGGGCGGCGAGAGGGCAGGGGUCGGGACUCAGUUCUUUUUCCUAUUAUUUGUAACUUGUGUUUAAAAGUUUUUGAGUG